AUGAACAAUCUAAACGGGACGACGUCGCCUUCUACUAUUAUAUUGGAUGGGAAGAAUUAUCAGCGGUGGAGAGUGCAGGUGAAGGUGUUGUUUGAAUAUCAAGAUACAUUAGGUGUCGUAGAGAACGAAGUUGUCGAUCUCGCAGAUAGUGCAAAUGAAGCUGAGAAGAAAGCCCACAGUGAGAUCAAGAAGAAGGAUCGAAAGGCGUUAUUCUACAUCCAUCAAGAAAUGGAACCCGCUGAAAGUAUUGCAGAUUACAUGACUCAAGUACUUACUUUGACAAAUCAAAUAAAAAUAAACAGGGAAAAGGUUGUAGAUUUAGCAAUUGCGGAGAAGAUACUGCAAUCUCUUACGGAAAAAUUUGAUCAUAUCGUGGUGGCAAUCGAAGAAUUGAAGGAUUUGUUCAAGAUGACAAUUGAUGAGUUUAUAGGUACCUUACAAGUUCAUGAGCAAUACAUGAACGAGAGAUAUGGCCACUAUACAAAGGAGUGCAAGUACCAGGAUAAUUCCCAAUCUGGAGAAGAAGUUCGAUUUGCACAAGAAAUAGAUGAUGAAGAAAACCACACUUUAUUGAUGGUCACAAUAGCCAGUGAAGAAUCAGACUACAACACAUGGUUUUUUGACACUAGGUGUUCUAAUCAUAUAUAUAAAAAGAAAGAGUUGUUCGUAGACCUGGAUGAGUCGAUGCGGUCCAAAGUCAAGUUUGCCGAUGACAACACUAUACCAGUGAUGGGAAAAGGGCGAGUUCUAAUCAAGCUGAAGAACAGAGACCACAAGUUCAUUUCCGAUGUAUCCUAUAUGCUGAAUAUGAAGAACAAUUUACUUAGUAUGUGCCAACUUCUUAAAAAGGGGUAUGAUCCGCGCUUUUCUGAUAAUCAACUCCUAAUCUUUGAUAAAAGAGAAGAAGGAAUAAAGUGUGAUGUUAUUUUUCCCUAUACACCUCAGCAUAAUAGCAUCGCUGAACGGAAAAACCAGACGAUACUUGACAUGGCGAGAAGCAUGCUAAAGGCCAAAGGUAUGCCAAAUUAUUUUUUAGGUGAAGCUAUCUCAUGCGCUGCAUACUUAUUGAAUAGGUCACCAACAAAGUGCAUUGAUAAUCUUACUCCUGAAGAGGCAUGGACUAGUUACCAAGAAUAA